AUGGCUCAAAUUUCACCAUCUCCCACACUUAGUCCCACCAUGAGCACCUCUUCAUGUCAUGAUCAAUCCCAAGAACCAACCGCAGAUUUCAAUGUGAUGGUCAUUGUUGCUGCAAUGUUAUGUGCCUUAGUUUGUGCUUUGGGCCUCAAUUCCAUGUUACAAUGUGUAUUUCAGUGCACACAACGUGCAAUAACUGAACCAGCAGAAUGGAUAUCUUCUCGUAGACAGAACUCCGGUUUAAAGAAGAAAGAGAUGGUUGCUUUGCCAACUUCAACUUAUGCUCAUCAAGGUUCACCAUCAUCAGCUUCAGGUUGUGCCAUUUGCCUAGCAGACUUCGCCGACGGUGACAGAAUAAGGGUCCUGCCUAAAUGCAACCAUAGGUUCCAUGUUGAUUGCAUUGACAAAUGGCUGCUCUCUCAUUCUUCAUGCCCUACUUGUCGGUUUAGGCUCAAGUCCAGUGAAUCAGUGCCUUCUCUGGAACAGAUAGUCACUGCUUAA